CGUAAUUUUUCUUUGACGUUUCUUUCAUUGUUUACUAAAUAAUGUGAUUUCAUUAAUUUAACAUAAAAAUGCUUCUUCAUUUAUUCUUAUAGACUUUAGCAAAAUAUUGAUCCUUAUUACGAGGUUUAUUUUCUCCUAAAGCGUUCAAUACUAGCCGUUUCUUUAUGAGUCAUGCUAUCUAGUUGUUUUUUGUGUUGAAUGUUGGCUGUGUUGAAUAGCCAUGAAAUGCUACAAAUCAUGACUUCAGGACCAUAUAACUAUUCUUACAUAUUUAAAUAUAUUAUUAUUGGUGACAUGGGUGUUGGAAAAUCUUGUCUACUGCAUCAAUUUACAGAUAAGAAAUUUAUGGCGGACUGUCCCCACACUAUUGGUGUGGAGUUUGGUACUCGGAUCAUUGAAGUGGCAGGACAGAAAAUUAAAUUACAAAUUUGGGAUACUGCUGGUCAGGAAAGAUUUAGAGCUGUUACGCGAUCUUAUUACAGAGGUGCAGCUGGUGCCUUAAUGGUUUAUGAUAUAACAAGAAGGUCGACUUACAAUCAUCUAAGCAGCUGGCUUACAGAUACCCGUAAUUUGACAAAUCCCAGCACUGUGAUAUUUUUAAUUGGUAAUAAAUCUGAUUUGGAUGGUCAAAGAGAUGUUACAUACGAGGAAGCCAAACAAUUCGCUGAUGAAAACGGGUUAAUGUUUGUCGAGGCUAGUGCUAAAACGGGGCAAAACGUAGAGGAGGCAUUCCUCGAGACAGCGAAGAAAAUAUAUCAAAGCAUCCAAGACGGUAGGCUGGACUUGAACGCCGCAGAAUCGGGCGUGCAGCACAAGCCCGCGUCGCCGGGCCGCCCCCUCGCCGCGCCGCCCGCCGCGCGCGACAACUGCUCCUGCUAACCGACUCCGGCGUCGGCUUACAUUACCGCACCCCGGGCACCUCAUAGAGUUAUAAAAAUAGAGUGGGGAAGGCGGCUCUAAGGCCCGUAUGAUGCCC